GAUGAGUUUUCGUGACGAUUUUUAUUCAAAGGAGGCAACGCUUAUGAAUCGCGCCAGGCGGGAAUUAGCCAAUGGUCUGGAGAAACAUCCAAUCGACAAGUUGAGAUUGAAGUGCUUCACUCGUGGCUGCAAUUCCAUACUAAGUUUGUCUAGGUGCCUUCGAAAUAUGGAAAACGAGGAAAACAAAGCAUUAAGUUUUGAUGAUUUUAAAGCAGCAAUGCGACAAAGUGGUUUGGAUUCUACCGAAGAGGAACUGAAAAAUCUCUUUUGUUGCUUUGAUGGAGAAACUUGCGGUACCAUAAAUGCCAAGGAGUUUAUAUCUAAACUGAGGCCCCCUUUGACUCGUUCCCGUUUGGAUGUCAUUGAAAAAGCUUUUGCGAAGGCUGACGCCUCUGGCGAUGGAGUUAUAACAGUGAAAGAUCUGAAAAGUAUCUACAAUGUCAAAGAUCACCCCAAGUAUUUGAGCGGUGAAUAUACGGAACAACAAAUACUUUCAGAAUUUCUUAGUAAUUUUAAUGGCAACACUGGUAAUUUGAAUGCCAAAAUUUUUAAAGAAGAUUUCAUCAAUUACUAUGCAAGUGUUAGUGCCUCCAUCGAUAACGAUGCCUACUUUGAUUUGGUUAUGCGUCGAGCAUAUAAACUAUAA